GUAUCAGCACGGCUCGCGGUAUGCACGCGCGUCUCGACAUUACCAGGGCGCUGACAUUUUGCCUGACUGCGCGUACCUUGACCGCUAGCUGGCGGUGUGCUUUUUCGGGCGAUUUAAAUUUUUACGAUACAUCGCUAAGGUAAACAAAGACGAUGCCUCUCCUUUCGCGGGCCUAUGAAGUCAUAACAAGGUCACCUUCAUGAUACAUUGUCAAAAUAUGAAAAAUCAAUAAUGCCCCGCCCAUCUGAGAUAUACGUCGACCGGCUUUGCGUUUGUAGAGCCGGCCUCUUCCUCCCCCUUACGUACGUGUGUGACUGAGUCAGUAUUUACAGUUAUUUUGAUACAAUAUUUACACAUCAUUUUCAGACCAAAUUCACACCCAUUUUAGAACAAAAUACAAUUUUUUUUUUGGUGCUCUGUGUAGUUUUUGUGUUUUUUAGGUCAUUAUCUAUAACUUUCUCAUUUAGUUUUACAAGUCUCGUUGGGCAGAUUUUUUUUUAAAUUCAAUUUGAAUAUUAGCAUGUCUGGCACUCCCACUGGCAGUGCUAGGGCGAACUGUGCACAAACCAAUGGCAGUACGUGUGCAGGGCCAGGGGGGCUGGAUUUGCACUCGCAAUGCCUCCAGAUGUUCUGUAGAAUUUGUGGAGGGAAGUUUAAGAGUAAUUCUGGAGGAAGUAGGACAUUUAGGGAGAAAAUUCAUCCUUGUCAAGGAUACAAAGAUCAGUUAAAAGAAAUUCUUGGAGUCGAUGUAGAAUGCGAUCACAAUGAUAUUAAUCCGCCCUCAAUGUGCCAAUCAUGCUACUGUCAGAUCAUGAUCCAUAAGAAAAAACCCAAUAUCGAAAACGUCAAACAGUGGGCUGCCCACCCUAGGAUUGGAAUAUGUGAUAUUUGUCACACCCAGAAGUCUGGAAAACCUGGCCGUAAAAAGAAGAAACCAAAUAUGGGUGCAAAAAACCUCCCAAAAUCCUUCACUGAAACUACUUCUAGCAUCAAACCCCUCAUCGACAAUACCAAGUACACAGUAAUCUGCAAGAGUUGUUCAAACCCAAUAGACAUCACAAACAUAUCACAGCAUACAUGCACUCAUACAGAUACAGUUGAUCACGAUCAUACAUAUGUAAUAUCACAUAACCUGACGAGUCUGACGAACUCAGAGAGGGAAAGAAUUGCAAAAGAGGUGGUCCAGGAGAAAAUUAAGGAGUCUCCUGAUGGAGCGACCAUCAUCCUGACAGGAGGGAAAAGAACACAGGACAUCUGUACUCGGAAAAUAGAUCUUCCGCGCAAGCCGUCAUCAAUGGUGAAAGCAAGGACAAAGAGAUCAAGAGAUGAGUGCAUGAGGGAUGUCCACCUGUUAACACAUAUGGAAGACCAGGAGGAGCAGGAGGAACAAGAGGAAUGCAGCAGCUUGUACCUAGACAAUCAGGACAUAAGUGACCUCAAGUCCAUGAUGGGAAUUUCUUGGCGAAAGCUCGGAAAGCUGAAAAAUUGGCUUCUGCAAAGGAAAGUGAAGUCUGCAGGAGAGAAAGCGGUGAGGACCCUCCACAAGACCAUUUUAGAUGGUAAACUCCAAGCGAUCCUCCUGCCUUUGCAGCACUGGGAGGAUACAAUCUGCCAGAUCAGACCAUCUCCUUUCAUAAGUGUGCAAAAUCUACCUGAUAUGGUGAUGACGCUACUUGAUGAAUAUGAUGAACUUGGUGAGCUCACCUUUCAUGACGGAAUGCUGGAAGAAAUUUGGGUGAAGAUCGGCGGUGAUAAGGGUGGAGAUACCUUCAAGCUUAUGCUCCAGAUCGCGAAUCUGUCGCAUCCUAAUAGCCUCAGAGCCACUAACAUCAUUGGCUUGUUUCCUGGCAAGGACACACCAUUCAACUUGGAUGUAACACUGUCAACCCUUGUUGAGCAGAUAGAUGUCCUGCAGAAAGCAAAAUGGAGAGGAAAGGCCAUACGCUGUUUCUUCUUUGGGGAUUAUGAGUAUCUCUGCAGGACGUACGGUCUCUCUGGUCCAAGUGGGAGACACUGCUGCCUCUACUGUGUUGCCACCAAGACAGAGAUGGCAACUCCAUUAGCAAGCAGAGGCCGACUGCCAGAGAGAACAUUAGACACCCUGAAGGAGUCACUGGCCAAGUACAAACACUCCAACGUCGCCAAAGAAUCAAACAAUGCGAUCAGGCCACCCCAAUUCAACAUUCCCAUCAAUCAGGUGUGCCCACCCGGCCUCCACUUCUCACUGGGGAUCUACAAUAAACACUACAAGAGUAUGGAAAUGGCUUGUCACGAGCUCGAUUUGAAGGCGGCCUCUCUUCCACAUACACUCACAACACGCCUCGAAGUUGCAGCAUGCAAACAGAAACACCUGCAAUGUAUAGCUCAGAAGGAAGAGGAGCGACAGGACAUAUUGGAUCAGCAUAUGUACCUGUCCAUGGCAUAUCCGGACUCACAACCAGCAGCGCUGUUGUUGGAAACAGCAGAGGACAUCCAGAAGGAGAUAACAAACCUGAAAGCAGAGGUGAAGAAGCUCCCUGACCUGAAGGUUGGUGAAGGACCCAUAGCCCAGUCACUGGAUGAAGUUCUUAAAAGUAUUAGUGUCCAGAGACAAGCUUUCCAUGGGAAGAGCUUCGUGGGGAACCACGUACACAAGUGUCUAAAGGAGGAAAACAUCAGGAAAAUAACAAACACCAUAGUUCAAACAGCAGAUGAGGUGUGUCCGGCCCUGCAUAAUGAAGCGCUAAGUAUAGCGCAUCGUUAUAGUGAGUGUUUCAAGCUCUAUGGAUCUUGCGAUCAUCUCUUCAACAGAGGAGACUUCCUGACACCCGAACACAUUCAUAUGCUGGAUGAUGCCAUCAGAGAGUAUAUGACCUUCGUCCGAACUACCUUCCCAUCCGAGUCCAUCACACCGAAGAUGCACCUGUUGGAGGACCAUACUGUGCCAUGGUUCGAGCUAUGGGGAGCUGGACUCGCGCUCAUGGGGGAGCAGGGAGGAGAAGGUAUGCACGCGCAUCUAAACCGAAUCCGUGAACAUCUACGGUGCUACUCCCUGACGGAUGAUCUCCAACUACAUCUACGCUCCGUGGAGGAGCAAUGGGUCCAUGCGAAUCCCAAGUCAUACCAUAGAAAUAAGAACAAUUAAACCUAUCGCAAAUUACAAUGAAUAGAAGACAGGUAUGAAUCUCAUCUUCACUGGUCUUAAAACCUCUAAUAUCAGGGUUCUCAAUAAUCAAAUUGUCAGUAUGUACUUCCAAUUGUUACCACGUUGUAAUUGUACAUGUGUCAAUAUUAUUAAAAGUACUGUUUACACAAUGAGGAAAUUUACCUUAAUAGGUUAGCUUUCACUAACUGGAGCUAGCUGCUUGCAUCUUCACACCAAUGGCGGAGGAGUUGUUGUACUUCUCAUGCUGUUGAACUUGAAGUAAGUCGAACUGUGUAAAGAGUAUGUAAUCAUAUGUAAAUAAUCUGAAAAGCUUUGAUGCUUGAGAAUAAAGCAGAAUUGUACAGUA